AUGGAAUGGUCCUACUACUUAAAGACAAUUAAUGGAAUACCGAGCUUUUUUGCGGCCAUUUUAACGCGAACUCUAUUCAUAGUCCAUGGAUUUUUUGCGAUAUUUUUGGUGGUGCAAAAAAAGGAAGAUCCUACACAAUGGUGGCCAGUAUUCUUUCUGUUUUUACUAAUGAUAGAGAGCGCUUACACGGUUUUAGUAAGACGAGGCGUCGAGUACAAAUAUUUUUGGCCAAGUUGUUUUCUAUACAUUAUGAGCGUUCUACCUUCAAUUUGGACGAUGGAAAUUGACCUUUACAACGAAAGAUACCAGCUACGCUUUCAGCCAAAAAAUCACGUGACCAACGUUACCAAUACAAUACAUGUAGGAAAGACAAUUUGGACUAAUCUUUCCAAGGAGGCUAUAGCCGAGAAAGUUGGGGCACUGGGACUGACAAUUGGCAUCAUCAUCGGUCGCUGGCUCCUACCGCGCGGCGCCAUAACACGUGAGCAGCUUUCUGCGUUAUUGAUUGGCUACGUGGGUAUUGCAGCUGACAUCCUUGAAGUAUUUGAGUUAUUUGACGAGGAAAACCUGAAGUAUCGACAGCACAUUACCAUGGCAACUUUGUUUGUCUUUUCUUGGUCCUUGUUGUCGUUCUGUUUCGUUACCAAGGCAACAAAAAGAGGUGACAAACACAAGAAGAAGCAAAAAGUCAACAAGGUCGGAGUUCACGAAGCGUACUUGAAAGCAAGUAGCAGUGACGACAGGAAGGCUAAAGAAGAUUACAUAGAGAAAAUCAAGGAAAGAUGGAGCAAAAAAGUGGAAGGUCAUUCUCGAGCAAUGAACGAUAAAUCUCGAGGGAAGAACGUGGUCACGAAGGAACGUAAAGGGUUCAAAGCAUUUAAAGAUGUAUUCUCAGAGUCAGGAAAAAGACAAUUUGAUUUACAUGGAGACAUAUAUGGAAUUCUGACUGGGAUGUUUAUGAUGGAUGGACCAUUCUUGCUGUUCAGACUUUAUUGUACCGUUGAGUACUCCGUAGACAGUGAAAUGCAUAUUUUCUAUACGGUAAAAAAUGCCAUUUCGCUAGCAUUGCUUGUUUAUCGGUUGUGUAUACUAACUUGUAAAGGAGAGGAUUCCGAAGAAGACGUAUUUGAAAAGGAUGAAAACAAAUUAAGAAACGUUCAGAUUGCAAUUGUUGGCACACAGUAUAUUGAUUACAGGUUUCAAAAUAAAAACUAG